AUGGAAAACGACCAAAACAAACCUCACAAACAAAGGUUCAAAGGUAUUGAGAACUUUUUACGAAGAGUUGCUUUCAAUUUAGGCAAUUCCCCAUCGCAGACUGAAGUUAAAAUCAUAUCAUGUGUUCCCAUCGACGUAACCGAUUUACAACAUCGCAUACAACACUUAGAGAGGCAACUGCAAGAAGUGAGCAAAAAGAAGUUGCCUAAAACGCCGGCCACGCCCCCGCCGCAGACGCCGCCGCCGUCUUCGAUGUGGUCGUCCCCGAUGAUGCAGCCGUCGAUGAUGCAGCCGUCGAUGAUGUGGCCGUCGCCAAUGAUGCAACCACCGGUAUGCUGGCCACAACAGCCGAUGCAGCCGUGUGUGUGCCCAGACAAAGGGUUGGCUGGACAGCAAGGACAAUCGUCGCAACCGGGACUAGCAGGAGUACAAGGUUUAGUGGGGCAGGCAGGACUACAGGGUUUAGCGGGGCAGGCGCCAGCACAGCCACAGCCAGCUCCGUGCACGUUUACGGAACCAUGCGUGUGGUACUCCCCGAAAAGCGACUCGGGAGCUACCGGUGUAAAACCGACGGUUGUAAAACCGACAGUCAGUGUCAAAAGUAGCAAAACGAAAAAAGGUGGCACGGUUGUGAACACGGCGCUGCUCGAUACUUACUCUGGGCAGUCGGUAGCAAACGAGUACAGCAGCGAUAAAUCGUCGAGGAGCAUCCGCUCCCGUGACCAGCCGACGUACAGCGGCUGCCGCACGUCCAAGCAGGCGAGGCAAUCUAACGUCUCCUUCGUACUACACGCCAUAACAGCUGAUAACCAAGCUUAUUACGAUUUUAGCUCGAAUGAUAAAAUUAAUCUGGAUAAAACAGACCCUGCUACUGAUAACAUAAGCAUUUUAAAAAGACGAAAGAAGAAAAAGGUCGCCAAGAAAAAGAGUAAAUUGAAAGCACAACUAGUAUAUUAUGCUCAACACAAACAUAAUGACCCAUUUAAUAAGAAAUAUAAUUUGACCAAUUUUGUAUCUUCUAAAACUGACACAUUUUCAAUAAGCCAUGCAUAUUUGGGUAAGGUAAUUAGAAAACAAUAUGAUCCCAAAUAUGUAGUGCAGGAGUUCUCAGACACCAGUCACUUUUCGCAACCAGUUUGCAAAGAUAAUGGUGUUAAUUCGAUUCCUCCCCGCAUGUCAGAGUCUGACGUAUGCUCGUGUUGUCAUGGACGAUUUCAAAACGUCGAUAACUAUAUGCCAAAAGGAUUCGAUUCCCUAAACAACAUAACAAAAUACGAUAAAAGCCAUACCAAUAAGCUAUAUUAUGAUUCAAAUCUAUAUGAUGUGGUGCCUGUAAAAGAAAAUACAAAUAAUAAAUAUCUAAAGGAAAGAUUUUUGCCUAAAAGGAACAUAGAAAACAAACUUUGUCCGGAACAUUAUAGAAACAAAUACGAAUACAAUCCUAAAGCAGUUAAUAUACAAGCUGAAAAAUUUCUUACACGACACAAUAAAUCAAUUGCUCAAAAAAUAAAACGCAAGAAAAUGUUAGACCAAUAUAUUGCAGAACAACAGGAAAUUAAUAAAAAAUAUCACAAAAUUAAUAAAGAGUCACAAAACAUCUAUCCCAGUGGUUGCGGAGACAUAUCAAAAAAUAAACCUCUUUUUGUAGAAAAUUUAAACAAAACUACUGGACCUGUAAAGACAAUUUUACUUAAAAAUGUAUCAAUUGGAUCAGAUAACUUAACGUCAAAACUACUUUGUAACAAUCAGAGUACUCAAUUGGAAUCGAUAUCAGAUGAAACCAAAACUGAAUCAACGUUAAAUCAAAUAAAAAGUAUUUUGCAAUCUGUUUUAACUGAAGUAAAAGCCAAUGCUAUAGUCACCGCUGCUUGCGAAACAAUGACAAAAAGAGAUGCUUUUGUGCAAAUAGGAUUUUCCCAAAACAACUUGCAGGGCCGUUCGACCUUACUCCGAAGCUACACUUAUAAUCAUUCGUCGAACGAAAAUCCUUACUUGCCUUCAUGUUCUAGACAAAUGUGUACUGCCCAAUAUUACUUACCUGGCUUCCCAUAUCAACCUUCUUUUAAAUAUUUACAAAACUUUCCAGUAAUCGUUCACCCGUCUGGAAGACAUUUAUGCGACUGCUAUUACAAAAAUAGUUUGCAUAAAUAUUCAAAAUACAAGGAAGCUUUAGCGGCCACAACUGCCACUAAUAAAGAAGUUGAGGGAGCUGGGAAUAAAGAGACUAAAAAACUAAUUAAAGAAAUUUACAAGUCCGUGGCUAUGAAUAUGGACUUCCCAUCUAAAGAAAAGUCUACUAGCGAGUAUGAGGACACGAGUUCUGCUAAAAACGAUUUAAUUAACGAUUUAUCAAAGAAAAGUAUAAAAGAUAUACGUGGCGCUGGUAUAGAGCUGGUAAAUAAAAAAAACGUUGAAGUUGAGGCUUCUAUUUCAUCGAAUUUAUCUAAUAAUAAUGGGGCACUGUGUGCCGCUACCCACACUCAGGCGGACCGGAAAGCACGGUACGACAAGUUGACAAGACAUGAAGCUACGCACAGAUACCAACAACACAGUACUGACACAAUUGUUGAAGACGAUGAAGAAAUCAACGCAUCCAGUGACAAUACCGACGAUACCGAGGAUACAAUGGAGGUUAAGGUGAUUAAAGCACAGCCGAAACAUGUAAAAAAAAGUCUCCUGAGAAGGAUGUUUCAAUCUGUAAAAGUUUUUAAGAGAAGAAAAGCGGAUAGUAAAACACAAAUCGAAUGUGCCGAUGCGUCCGAAGCGAGCGACUCGGAUGAUUAUGAAACAAUAUACAGCGGCAGAAGUGUUGUACCCGCAAAGAACAGGCAGACUUACAAGCACAAAAGUAGAGCAAUGGCUGAAUCAGGCAAUCAAAACGCAUGCACCAGAUCGCUCGACAAAAGACCCCCAUACUUAGAGCAGGAAUACAGAAGGCAAUGGAAUGAACGACUCAUAUUUGACAAACAGGAGAGAAAACAUUCAUCUAAGGGAUCUUAUUACAAUCAAUCGCCUGAAUACGCUCAUCCUGCUUUUUGGAAUAGUUACGAAGCGAGAACUGCUACAGAGGAAGGAAACCUUUCGAACCAACUCAAACCUAUCAGUUUUAAAAUGAAAGGAAAUAGGAAAGUAAAACAGGAGUCCCUGAAAAAGUAAACAACGGUAUUGCAAAAGAAAAGUGCCGUUUUAUUAAAAAAAAUAUAGGCUAUGGCCAUAAGUUAUUUAUUUGGUAAAAAUAGGAUAAAAAGUACAAGUUUAUUUUGGACAAUUUGCCACUUCUAUGAACAUACUCGUAUUAGGUAUAACGUCUUAAACGGCUUAAAGCUUGAAAUUGAAAUUCGUUGAACUUCAAAGUUUCAAAAAUAUUACUUCUUCACCACUACUUACAGAAUCAGAUACCACU